AUGUCCGUGCACGGAUCAAUUUAUGAGUCGGUGGACGAGUCGGUCCGGUCCUACGACAAGCCGUCUGACGAAAAGCCGCAGCUCGAGCAGGAAUCCUCUUCACCCGAAUCACAACCCGAAUUACAACUACAGAAAACACAGACCGAGCUUUUUGAAGAGGAUUUGAGUCGCGAACUUUCGCGGCACUCUGUUGCGGCAUCGCAUCAUGAUGACGACGGCAUUCCCAUUCAGGCAAUGGAAUGGGAUUCUGCCACGGACCCAGAAAACCCAUUGAACUGGCCCAAGUGGAAAAAAUGGGGCACUACAAUGACAGUUGCUGGAAUCUGUUUGGUGGUGACUCUUGGGUCAUCUCUGUUUGUUUGUGGUGUUCCUGAACUCAUGGUUGAGAUGCAUAUAUCAGAAACCCUGGGCCUUGCAGGACUGACAUUUUACUUACUGGGUCUGGCUUUUGGCCCAGCAAUUGCGGCACCGUUAUCGGAGGUUUUCGGUAGAAAAAUUGUCUACGUGAUCUCGUUGCCUCUAUCUAUGCUCUUUACCAUGGGGGUGGGGCUUUCGUCGCAUAUUCGUGAGAUUUUGGUGCUGAGGUUUUUCGCUGGUCUUAUUGCUUCUCCAGCAAUGGCCAUCGCUGGUGGAACCAUCACCGAUAUCUGGUUGCCACAAGACCAAGGUCUUGCCAUGGUUUCGUUCUGUCUAGCUCCUUUGGCCGGACCGGUUGUCGGGCCGGUCAUUGGUGGUUACGUCGCCGAGAGAAAGGGUUGGAAAUGGACUCUGUGGGUGAACCUUAUGUUUGCCGGAGUGCUUCUUCCGUUCGUUCUGGUGGUGCCUGAGACCUACAAGCAGAUUAUCAUGAGGAAAAGAGCGAAGAAGCGCUCGAUCAAAAUUCAGAAGCCUCCAUACACAUUUGGGCAGUUUAUGAUGAUCCUUCUCUUCAUCACUCUGCUGAAGCCAAUGCAGAUGCUGGUGGUGGAACCUAUCGUGAUGGUGUUCUCCGUAUACAUUGCAUUCGUCUUUGCAGUUCUGUUCGGAUUUUUCGAGGCCUAUCCUGUGAUCUUCAGAGGAACUUACCGCAUGGAACUUGGAAAUUCUGGACUGAGUUUUCUCGGAAUUGGUCUGGGACUCGUUCUCGGUUCAAUAACGUUUGUCGCUCUCGACCGUUACGUUUUCUUCAAAAGAUGGCCUGACGGAUAUGUUGGAAUGAGAGAUAAAGAUGGUAAAAACCUUCCUCCAACACCUGAGUCUCGUCUUUUGGCUUGCAAGAUCGGAGCAGUCGCCAUGCCUAUUUCGUUGUUCUGGCUUGGAUGGACAGCUAGACGUUCAGUUCAUUGGAUGGCUCCAAUUGCCGCGGGAGUACCAUUCGGAUUUGGUCUUGUACUCAUCUUCUUCACAGUGAUCACAUACUUUGCAAUGAGUUAUCCUCCUCUGAAUGUCGCAUCUGCUCUUGCAGCUAAUAACCUGGCUCGUUACGUCCUGGCCUGUGUCUUUCCACUGUUCACGGUCCAAAUGUACGAAAAUAUAGGCAAUGGUUGGGCCUCCAGUAUUUUUGGAUUCGUCGCUCUUGCUAUGGUUCCCGUCCCGUGGAUUUUCGAGAAAUACGGAAAACAGCUGAGAUCCAGGUCCCGGUUUGGUUUCGAUGCCCAGACUCCUAAGACUGACGAGGAAAAGAAGUGA